AUGGCGGAGCCCUCGCCCGGCGUCGUCCCUACCGCGGCUCGGCGCGCUGCUGCGCGCUGGGUUGCGGGCAUGAGCAAGCCCACCCUCGCGGUGGUGCUGAUGGCCUACAUUAUGCUUGUGCAUCUUGUCGGCCUCGGCGUGUUCACGUACGGAUUCCUCUUGACGCGUCUCACGAUCCCCGACGUCUCGCCCUCCUAUUCGGCCUCCAACCCCAUGCCAAUGGAGCCUACCCACAGCAAGGCCGUCAUCAUCGUCAUUGAUGCGCUCCGUACCGACUUUAUUUCUCCUUACCACACCUCCCCGGCCUCUCCUUUCCACCACGGUGUUCUUUCGCUUCCUGCCGAGCUCUCCGUUUCGCAGCCGUCCCACUCGCUCAUCUUCAAUGCCUACUCUGACCCGCCAACCACGACCAUGCAGCGCAUCAAGGGUAUCACCACUGGAUCCCUUCCCACUUUUAUCGAUGCCGGCGCCAACUUUGCCUCGACUGCCAUUACGGAGGACAGCAUCAUCUCGCAGCUGGUUUCGGCCAACAAGUCGAUUGCGUUCAUGGGUGACGACACCUGGAUGAACCUUUUCCCCAACGCGUUCACCCAGGCUUACCCCUACGACUCGUUCAACGUCGAGGACCUCCACACUGUCGACAACGGCGUCAUUGAGCACAUCUUCCCUCUCCUUGACAAGCCCGAGCAGUGGGAUGUCAUCAUUGGCCACUUCCUGGGUGUCGACCACGUCGGCCACCGUGUCGGUCCUGACCGCGAGACCAUGCGCCUCAAGUUGAAGCAGAUGGAUGAGGUUCUCCGCCGUGUCGUUGACAAGCUCGACGAUGACACUCUUCUCGUCGUCCUUGGCGACCAUGGCAUGAACCCCAAGGGCGACCACGGCGGCGACUCUGACCUGGAGACAGCGUCGGCCCUUUGGAUGUACUCGAAGGGUAAGCCCCUCGUUGGUGACGCUGCCAGCGCCAGCCGUGGCUACGAGUGGCCAGAGUACUGGUUCCCUGGUACCGACAAGCCCCUCCGUCAUGUCAACCAGAUCGACCUUGUUCCCACCCUCUCGCUCAUGCUUGGUGUCCCCAUCCCAUUCAACUCGCUCGGCUCGGUGAUCCCUGAGUGCUUCUCGCGCUCUCCCGUGACUCUCAAGGUUGCUACGCACCUCAACACUGUGCAGAUUGAGCGCUACAUUGCCCAGUACGGCAACCGCGAGAUCUCGCACUCUGUCCGCCGCCUGGCCUCCAAGACCGACAUUGAGGACCCCACGACUCGCGUCGUCAAGCAGAAUCGCGCCGUCACGCUCGCUGCUCUCGACGCUCUUCGUGCGCUCUGGGCACAGUUCUCGGUUUCCCACAUUGUCGUCGGUCUUGUUGUCCUCGGCUCUAGCGUGCUUGCGGUCAUCUCGCUCUACCUCGGUGUCCGCAAUGGCGGUCCCCAGUGGGACGUCUAUGUUCGCUACGCCCUCGACACGGCCAUCAUGGCCGGUGUUGGUCUCGGCAGUGUGGCCGGUACGUUUGCCGGCGUGUACACUCGUGUGCCCCUUGUCGCUCUCCAGGUCUUCCUUGUUGCCGCCGCUGGUGUGUCGUCGCUUGUCCUGGCCGCUCCUCUCUUCGCUGGCCGCACUUGGCGCGGUGUUUCAUGGAACCUGGGUCGCAGCAUUGGUCCCAUCAUCCUUAUCCUCCACGCUCUGUCGUUUGCCUCUAACAGCUACAUUAUGUGGGAGGACCGCGUGGUCGUCUUCUUCUUGACCACCAUCGCUGCCGUCCACUUUGGUCGCGCCCUCACUGCGCCCAUGGCCUCGAUGCGUCUCAACCUUCUUGGCCUCUCGGUCGGGUUUGCCGCCCUGGUGCGCUUCAUGGGCCUCUCGACCGUUUGCCGUGAGGAGCAGCAGCCUUAUUGCACUGUCACCUUCUACUCUGGCGCCGCCGGCACUCCCGAAUGGGCUGUCUACGUCCUCCCCCUUGUGGCGUUUGGUGUCCUCCCCCGCAUCGUCGCCACUGUCCUUUCGUGGUCCAAGUCAUACGCUGGCCCCGCCCCCGUUUUCCUUGCUGCCGUUUGGCGCGCAGUCAUCACCUCCAGCGCGUUCUACUGGACUCUUGACUGGAUGGAGACCUGGGAUGGCCUGAACCCGGAACGUAUCCCACUUGUCCAGCUGCUCAAGCUCUGGCUCGCUCGUGGCUCGAUUGGUAUCGCCCUCGGUGCCCUUCCCUACCUCUGGUACACCUCGGGUCUUUGCAUCAAGGUCGUGCGCGAGCCUGACCAGACUGGCGCCAGGGCCGAUGAGGUCGAGGUUUACGGCUUUGGCAACGCCUUCGGCUCCACGUACCUCCUCUUCGUCCUCAUUGCGUUUUCCAUUGUCCAGCUCCCCUCCCUUGCCGUCUCACAGAUCGUGCUCUGUGCCCUGGUCACCGCCAUGCUCAUCCACCUUGAGCUGGUUGACACGCAGCGCGAUGCCGUGAUCAUGCAGCGCAACUUUGCCAACUCGGCCAACCCGGGUGCUUUCGAGCCUGGACAGGGCGACGCCAUCGUCCGCCCCAGCUUCACCGACGUCGUCCCCUUUGCCCUUCUCGCUCUCCUCGGCUUCUUUGCGACCGGUCACCAGGCCGUCCUCGCCACCAUCCAGUGGAAGGCUGCGUUUAUCGGCUUUGACACCGUCGUCUACCCCUGGUCGCCCCUCCUGGUCGUCAUCAACACCUGGGGACCCAUUGCCCUCGUUGCCGUUGCCGUCCCGCUUCUUGCUCUGUGGAACAUUUCGCCUCGUCCCAACGACACGGUCCCCGUCCUUGGUCACACUGUGCAGGUCGCUCUCGCGUUCAGCACAUACUUUGCGACCAUUACAUUCGCUUCGGCGCUCUGCGCCGCCUGGCUCCGCCGCCACCUCAUGGUCUGGAAGGUCUUUGCCCCGCGCUUCAUGCUGGGCGGCGUCACCCUCCUUGUCGUCGACGCGAUGCUCAUCAUCGCCGUCGGCGUCGGCCUCCGCGUCACCACCGACAAGGUCUGGCGCACCUUCAAGUCGGUUAGCGUGUAG